AUGGCCGACGGUCUCCAGAUGGGAAAUCUUUCCCUUAACGACUCCCAGCACGCUUCCCAGGCUCCCAACGGACCCCCUGGACGUGCCGCUUACAUUCCCCCUCACCUCCGUCAGCGUGGAGGUAAUAUCAGUGCUGCCGCUGUGGACGGUCCUGCUCCCCCGCCAGGCCCUGGCGGUUAUGGCGGUCCUCGCAACAACGGACCUCGUGGUGGUAACUGGGCUAAUGCCAACGCUCCUGAUUUCAGCCCACGCCCGGCCAACGGUACACCCCCUCCCAACCCAUUUUCCGGUGGUCAAAUUCGCACAUUCAAUCCCAAUGCUUACGGAAACCCAGGUCAAGGCGGCGGCCACAGCGGUGCUGGUGCCUCAGCUCGUGGAUCUGGUGACGGUUCUUGGAGAGAUGGCAAGCACUGUCCAGGCCCUGCUAAUGCACGCGUGGAGCGUGAGCUUUUCGGUGUUCCCAACGAUCCCCUCAAGCAGCAAACUGGUAUUAACUUUGCCAACUACGAUGAUAUCCCCGUUGAGGCUUCCGGAAAUGACGUCCCCGAGCCUGUUAACACAUUCACCAACCCCCCUCUUGAUGACCACCUGAUCUCCAAUAUCAAGCUCGCUAGUUACACCGUCCCUACCCCCGUCCAGAAGUACUCUAUUCCCAUUGUCAUGGGUGGCCGUGAUCUGAUGGCCUGUGCUCAGACUGGUUCUGGAAAGACUGGUGGUUUCUUGUUCCCCAUCCUCUCCCAGGCCUUCCAGACCGGUCCUUCGGCCGCACCUGCUCAGGCUUCCGGUGGCCAGUUCAGCUACGGUCGCCAGCGCAAGGCUUACCCAACCUCGCUUAUCCUUGCCCCCACUCGUGAACUGGUUUCGCAGAUCUUUGACGAGGCUCGCAAGUUUGCUUACCGUUCUUGGGUUCGCCCCUGUGUUGUUUACGGUGGUGCCGACAUUGGCUCUCAGCUGCGCCAAAUCGAGCGUGGUUGCGAUCUCCUCGUUGCCACUCCUGGUCGUCUUGUCGACUUGAUUGAGCGUGGCCGUAUCUCCCUUGUCAAUAUCAAGUACCUUGUUCUGGACGAGGCUGACCGCAUGUUGGACAUGGGUUUCGAGCCCCAGAUUCGCCGUAUCGUUGAGGGCGAGGAUAUGCCCCGUGUUGAUGCUCGCCAGACUCUCAUGUUCUCGGCUACCUUCCCCCGCGAUAUCCAGAUGCUGGCUCGCGAUUUCCUGAAGGAGUACAUCUUCCUGUCGGUUGGUCGUGUUGGUUCUACUUCGGAGAACAUCACCCAGAAGGUUGAGUAUGUUGAGGACAACGACAAGCGCUCCGUCCUGUUGGAUAUCCUCCACACCCACGGAUCUACUGGUCUGACCCUUAUUUUCGUGGAGACCAAGCGCAUGGCCGACUCGCUAUCCGACUUCCUGAUCAACCAGCGUUUCCCUGCCACCGCCAUUCACGGUGAUCGCACCCAGCGCGAGCGUGAGCGUGCUUUGGAGUACUUCCGUAACGGCCGUUGCCCCAUUCUCGUUGCUACCGCCGUUGCUGCUCGCGGUCUGGACAUUCCUAAUGUCACUCACGUCAUCAACUACGAUCUCCCCACUGACAUUGAUGACUAUGUUCACCGUAUCGGUCGUACUGGUCGUGCCGGUAACACCGGUAUUGCUACUGCUUUCUUCAACCGUGGCAACCGUGGUGUCGUCCGUGACCUGAUUGAGCUCCUGAAGGAGGCCAACCAGGAGAUCCCUACUUUCUUGGAAAGCAUUGCUCGCGAGGGCAGCGGCUUCGGAGGCCGUGGUGGCCGUGGAGGUGGCCGUGGCCGUGGUGGCUCUGGUCCUACCCGCGAUAUGCGUCGCAUGGGCGGUGGCAUGGGCGGUGGCUCUUCUUACGGCGGAGGUGGCAGCAGCUACGGCGGUGGUGCUCCCUCGUACGGAGGUGGUGGUGGCGGCAGCAGCUACGGAGGUGGUGCUUCUUACGGAGGUCCCUCCUCCUACGGUAACCCAUCCGGAGGUGGUGCCAGCGGCCCCAGCUCCUGGUGGUAA